AUAAUUUAUAAUAUUUACGAUAAUGUCUGUAAAAUUAUAUUAUGAUUUAAUGUCGCAACCGUCAAGAGCUUUAUAUAUUUUGUUAAAAUAUUCAAAGUGCAAUUUUGAACCUCGUUAUCUUGAUUUACGUACAGGGGAGCAUUUCUCUGAGGAGUUUUCAGCAAUCAACAGAUUUCAGAAGUUGCCUGUGAUUACUCACAAUGAUUUUAUUUUAACCGAAAGUAUCGCCAUAGUACGGUACUUGGCCAAUCAAAACCUGAUUACGGAGAGUGUGUAUCCGAGAGAUUUGAAACAGCAAGCUCGAGUUGAUGAGUUCCUGGAAUGGCAUCACAUUGGCUUGAGACUAUAUUUUGCUCUGUACUUCAGAUACAAAUACUUGAACCCUAUAUUGAGCGGGAAGCCAGCGGACCCAAAGACGGUGGCCAAGCACGAGAGGUACAUGGAGAAUUCCUUGGAGGUUUUCGCCACGAAAUGGCUCGGCAAUGGUACGGAGUUUGUAGCCGGUGACACGGUGACUGUGGCUGAUCUGUUCGCUGCUUGCGAACUGGAGCAACCGAGAAUGGCGGGAUUCGAUCCGUUCGACAAGUACGAUGUCGUCAGAGCGUGGUACGACAAGGUUCGGGCUCACUUCAGCCCCUACUACGAGGAAGGUCACGUGGUGCUCAACAAAGUCGUCAAGAAACAGGCCUCCAAACUGUAAAAACAGCCCAUGCACUUGGUGCACUCCGGGACGAGUCCGGUUGUGCAUUUGGACAUUGUUGUUACUAAUAUCGGUAAUAAUAAUAAUAAUAAUGUCCCGUGGCACGCUCAGCAGCUUUAGAAUUGCUUUAGAAUAGUAGAAAUUAUUUUGAAAAAAAAAGACUUCAAACAGGACCACCUUUGAUCGGUUCACAAACGGCGAAAAUAUCCGCAUA